GCUAUAUCGAAACAAUGUUUCUGAGUAGCCCCUCUACACAUUGCGUGCGACGACUGUGGGCUCGUAGCAUCAGUCGGUGUUACCGCCUUCACAUAGCAUGUGAAGCUACUGCUGGCGUGUCAUAGAGCUUGCGUCGACCCAGUGGGUAGUUGUGUAGUGUGCGAUCAUGACAGAUGGGUCGUCCUCCCAUGGAGGUUUGGCUUUUGCCCUCAUCUACUUUACAUUCUUUCUGGAUAACGUCCUGCUUACCGUCUUAGUGCCCAUCAUCCCGGACUGGGUGCGCGGCGAGGCGCUGGCGCUGUGGGCCGCGCACGACGCGCCGCUCGCCGCGCUGCUCAACACCACGGUGCACCGCAUCACCACCGAGGGGCCCGGGUCGGGCGGGUCGCAGGCGGUGGUGGGGCUGGUGCUGGGCGCGAAGGCUGGCGCGCAGCUGCUGGCGGCGCCGCUGGCGUCGGCGCUGGUGUGCCGCGCCGGGCCCGCGCCCGUGCUGCGCGCCGCCACCGCCACGCUGGCCGCCGCCGCGCUGGGUGCGUAUGCCGACGUACUACACACUUACACGGCGCCGCUAGCAGCUCUGGCGGCGCCGCUGGCGUCGGCGCUGGUGUGCCGCGCCGGGCCCGCGCCCGUGCUGCGCGCCGCCACCGCCACGCUGGCCGCCGCCGCGCUGGGUGUGGCGGGUUGUAGCAGCGUGUCGGGCGUGGGGCGGACGCUGUGCGUGGGCGCGGCGCGCGCGGCGCAGGGCGCGGGCGCGGCGCUGGCGGGCGUGGCGGGGCUGGCGCUGGCGGCCGCCGCGCUGCCCGCGCCGCAGCGGGACCGCGCCAUCGGGGCGCUGCUAGGAGCCGUGGCCCUGGGCGUGCUGGUGGGAUACCCGUUUGGUGGCGCUGCGAAUGCGUUGUGGAGUCGCGCCGCACCGUUCAUGCUCAUCUCCGUCGCACUGCUGGCUGAUCUCAUUAUGCAAUACAUGUUUCUGGAUAGAGAGGAAUUUUGCCAGCCCAGCGCCGGUGGUGGGACUGGCUGGGGCAUGCGCAGCGGCGUGGCGGGCGUGGCGGCGGCGGGCGCGCGCGGCGCGUGCGGCGCGUGCGCGGGCGCCGUGCUGCUCACCACCAGCGUCAUGGCCGCGCUCGAGCCCUGCCUGCCGCUGUGGAUCAUGGACAAGUUCCACCCGCAGGUGCGCCGCGAGCUGAAGUGGCAGACGGGCGCGGUGUUCAUCCCGGACAGCGCGGGCUACCUGGCGGCGGCGAGCCUGGUGGGCGGCGCGGCGCGGCGGCUGGGCGCCGAGCGCGUGGCGCUGGCGGCGCAGCUGGCCGUGGGGCUGGCGGCGUUAGCGGUACCGCAUGCCACUUCGGUGUCGUGGCUGGCGCUGCCGCACCUGGCACUCGGGCUGGGGCUGGGCGCGACCGACGCGGCGCUGGUGCCGGCGCUGCUGGCGCGCCAGCCCGCGCGCGUGCCGCACGUCGCCGCGCUGCUGCAGGCCGCCUCCAGCGUCGCCUACACGCUCGGUAUGCUGGCCGUCCGGCCGCGAGUGCUGUGUACAGGAACCCAUGAUGUCGCAGUAAUUAAAGACCUUGACCUAGGCCCGGUGGCGGGCGGGCUGGUGGCGUGGGGCGCGGGCUUCGAGGCCACGAUGCGCGCGCUGGGCGUGCUCAACCUGCUCUACGCCGCGCUGCUCUACCGCGCGCUGCGGCGGCACCCGCUCUCCGACCAGUGGGGCGCGAGCAGCCCGGACGACGACUCAGCCAGCGAGGAGGCGGCCGACGAGGGCGCUCCGCUGCGCCCGCAGCAGUACACUACGCUCCACUAG